UCAGAUGGUUUGCUGUCCAAGCAUAGCCAUGAAAGCCACUGAACACACUGCAAGAGAUGUGGAGCAGGACGAAUCCAUGUCUUGUUACCACAAUCUCUCGUUACUCCCAUUUCUUUCAUGGUUGCCCCACCAAGCCAUUCGCAUUCUUUGGCCUUUACUUAUUCCCUUUGCUUCCACCUGCACCACACCCUCCCCCGUUCAAUCCGCGCAUAAAAAGAUAUUCCACGCAAUCCACCUCUCUCUCUCUCUCUCUCUCUCUCUCACACACACACACACACACACAGGACAUGGCUGACACCACUUACUCAUCAAUAUGUCUGGUGAGCAUAAUGGAUCGCCUUUGGUUCCACCAGAUCAUCUUCUUCUCUGAGCCCAUUUCGUUGCUCUGUGGCUCCAAAAUCCUGGAUCCACAGGAACCCAACUCGCGCACUGUGAUUCGAUGUCAACCUUCAAGCAUGCCUGAGUUGCCACCUCCAGAUACAGAGACUCAUUCAAUGGCUGAAGAAUCGCCACUUGCAGGCUAUAGUUGCUCAUCAUUGGAUACGUCGUAUUCUUCAAUGGAUGAUACCAACAAAAGUGAAGAAGCAGAGGAGGAAAUCAGAUCAACCAGGAUGACUAAUCUCAUCGCAAGCAGAGCACGGCGUUCGUAUUGCUCAUCGCCAUCAACUCAGAAGAGGCCAAGAAAGGGAUCCUCUGAAGCCAAGAAACUGCUCAAAUCCAUGAGUUGCAGCACCUUCGACGAGCUGGAAAUGAAGGAAGUGAAAGGGUUCAUGGACCUGGGCUUCAUCUUCAAGAAGGAGCACUUGAACCCGCGAAUGAUGAGCGUCAUCCCCGGUCUACAGAGGCUCGGACAGGACACUAGCAUCAGGAAAACCGCCGAGGGCGACGAGGAGGGAAAGAGAGAGAUCACGAGGCCGUACUUAUCAGAAGCGUGGCUCAUAAAGAGACCCGAUUCGCCUCUGCUGAACUUGAGGGUGCCCCGGGCGUAUGCGGCUUCCGACAUGAAGAAGCACCUGAGGUGCUGGGCUAGGACAGUUGCUUCUGAGAUUCAGCAGGAGUCUUGAUCUUGGGAAGAAGAAGAAGAAAAACCAACAACUUCACUCAUACACUAUCGUUAAGAUUAGCAUGAAAUUAUCAGUCCAGCUAUCAAAAAGAGUGUAGGGAGAGAGAGUUUUGAGUAUUUCCACAGGUUUUGUUGCGCCGACGGAUGGAACUGUAAAAAGGGCAGAUGGUGGGGUUUGUGGAUAUGUUUGUGUGGAUGAGACUUUGAAUGAAAGCAAGUGCAAAUGGACCUUUUUGUCGUUUUA